GCAUAAGGAAUGCGGAAAAAGUAGAUUUGCAGACGUCAUUCGUUUGGGGAAAUUCCUUGAAUCACAACUUCGCUGAGCCUUUUUUGCAUUAAAAGUGUUUUUGGACAUUGGAAAUGUUUGCACGUAAAAAAAUCAACAAACAACUUUAUGAUGCUGUGGAGAGAAAUGAUGUGGAGACAGUCACUCGUUUAAUUAAAAGAGGAGCAGACGUUAAUACACGUCGUGGGAUAUGGAAUGUGACUGUUCUAAUGAAAGCUUGUUUGAAUGAUAACAAGGAAAUUGUUGAGCUACUGUUAAGAAGUGGAUCAGACGUGAAUAAGACUGCCAAAAGUGGAAGGACAGCAUUGCAUUGGGCUGCUUGCAACAAUCACUCCAAAGUUGUUCGUAUUCUAUUAGAGAAUGGAUGUGAUAGCAACAUAACAACCAUUUCUGUCUAGGGUUGUUUGACUGCUCUUUGCCAUACUCAAGACGUUUCGGACAGCGCUGCUCAACCAUAAAUAACGAACGGUGGCAAACGUCUAUGUUUGACUAACAGCGUCUAAACUCAAUAUCAUGCAAGCAUUAAGAGAAUUAUUGCAUGGGACACGUGAGUCAAUUAAUUAAAAAAUUAAGGGUAGAGUCUUCUCUAGCUAAAUCAUACGUAUUUGCAUGCAUACGGGACUACGUUGGAUACGAAUUUUUGUACUUUGUGUUAGAAAAAGCAUGCAAAAGACACUAGAGUGUUGAAGCACUAACCUUUAAAAGUUCAACAGAUGUAACUUGGUCA